AUGUCCCGGCUUCUCCUCUCAACCUGGUCUAUCGCCAGAGGUCCCAAUCGGCAUCAGCUCAUCCACUACGCCUCAUAUCCAUUGCGCAAAGCUCACAUUCCCUCGUGUCGAUCGGGUGCUACGUCUACUACAACAUCUGCACUGCGCAGCACAGGCCUUGCCGUGUUGCCCGACCGAAGGAUGUCUACAUCUACGCCUCACUCUGGCGAGACCAGAAAGGACUCAGGUGCUCGUGCGGAUCGCUACAAACUCGUUUUCUUCGUGCCGACCGAGAACACGGAGACCUGCAAAGAGGCCAUCUUCGCGGCGGGCGCGGGCUCAUUCCCAGGUGGAAGAUAUACCAAAUGCUGUUUCCAGACCAUCGGAACAGGCCAGUUCCUUCCCAACGAUGGUGCAAAUCCGGCGAUUGGGGCAGUUGGCAUCGUGGAGAAGUGCGAAGAGGCUCGGAUCGAGGUGAUGUGUUUGGGACGUGAGGUGAUGCUUAGCGCGGUGGAUGCCCUAGUCGAUGCGCACCCGUAUGAGGAAGUCCCCUAUGAGCCACCCGCAAAGCCCAACUCCAACUUCAUCCGCUUCUUCUUCCAUCUUCACUCCGUCACUCUACUCCCUUUACCCCCCCCCCAAUCCUCUCCCACAAUGGCCUCGAAACUAUUCCCCGUUUCGCGCGCCACUCGCGCCCUGCGCCGAUUCCCUACUCCUACCCCCUACAGAUCCUUUUCCGCCGCCCCCCAACGGUGCAGCGAUGUGUUGAUGAUCCACCGCAACAAGCCGACCAACAACCCUUCCCUCCCCUUCAAGUUUUCCGACCAGAACCUCACGCUUGCCGAUGAGAUCCUCAAGCGUUACCCUCCCCAGUACAAGAAGGCCGCCGUCAUGCCCCUCCUGGAUCUCGGCCAGCGUCAACACGGCUUCACCAGCAUCAGCGUCAUGAACGAGGUUGCCCGCAUGCUCGAGAUGCCCCCCAUGCGUGUUUAUGAGGUCGCCACUUUCUACACCAUGUACAACCGCGACCCCGUCGGCAAGUACUUCUUGCAGAUCUGCACAACCACUCCCUGCCAACUAGGCGGCUGCGGCAGCGACGCUAUUGUCAAGGCUAUCAACGAGCACCUCGGCAUCACCCCCGGCCACACCACCGAGGACGGCCUCUUCACCUACAUUGAGGUCGAGUGCCUCGGUGCCUGCGUCAACGCCCCCAUGGUCCAGAUCAACGAUGACUACUACGAGGACCUGACCCCCGAGUCCAUCAAGACCCUCCUGACCGCGCUCAAGGACUCCGCCUCCACCACCGGCACCAAGGUCCCAGCCCCUGGCCCUCUGACCGGCCGCGACACCUGCGAGAACAGCGCCGGCCUGACCAACCUGACCGAGCCCCCCGUCUGGAACCCGGAGACGAUGAUGCGCAAGGACAACGCCCUGGACGAGCAACCGCAGCAAUAG